GUAUCCCACCGGAGCAAAUAGACAUCAUCAGAGCCAUCGUCGACAAGUGGCACAAGAAGCCCUUACAAAUAGCCAGCGACAUUGUGUCAGCAUUAGUGGUGAUCACACCCACAUCCCUCUAAUCGUACGAAACGGCGAGAAGCAAGAAGUAGUCGUCUGGGCGAAAUGUGACACUGGAGCAUGCGCAAACUUCAUCACCAUGGACCUCGUUCGCAAACUCAAACUCGAAUACAGUCUCCAAAAAAUUGACGAGUAUGAAGCUGCCAGAAACCUCGAGUCCAGCCCUCGCGAUCAUCUAGGUGUCGGUUUGAUCAAGAAAGUAUGCAGUUUCGAAGAUCGAGAAGUCAGCAUAAACUACAUCCUACCUAUCACGUUUCAGACGGGCAAAUUCAGGAAAGAGCACGAGAAGGUGGAGUUUGAAGUAUUGGAGAUUGGUGAUGGGGUCACCAGUCCUGCUGCGAAUGAAAAGACGGAUUUGUUCUUGGGUGCGAGUUGGUUGUUCAAGAAUGAGGUGUUUAUGUUGAGGAAAAGCUAUUAUGUGGAUCCGCCAAAGGACUUGCCCGUGGUUGAGACGGUGCCUUCACAGGAUAGUGAGUUGACACCGAUUGGAAGACCUUCGAGUGGUGUUUAUAUGCCACGGGGUACACCGUCGAUCAAGCUGUCAGCCAGUCCAGCGCCUCCUAGAUUACCGAGAGGACGUAUGGGAUAGUGUGUCGUAUGGUCUUGUUGAGUUUCAUCGGUGUAUGCGUACUGCACUGGAUAUAUAUUGGUUGUUAGGGUCAGCGUGUGAGUUUUGGGAUAGAAUUGCUCGGAGGCUUUUGUAUGGUACAUAAUCGGCGUAUGCUACAACAUCAUUAUCGUUACUUCUCGAGCGCGUGGUCGAUGUUUUAGUUGUGUAUAUGACAUCAAGCUCGGCAUUCACAUGCGCACCUUGAGCCAGCCAUCU